AGAUGCAUUUACGCGACUUGGAUAUCUUGAUAAAAUUAACAAAGCAUUGGAUGACUGAGGAACUAACCGAUCAUAUGAGCUACAACAGAGCCAUCGAAUGGGAUAAGCUCAUUAUUAAACUUGAAAAAGUUCCAAAAAAACUGUCUCUUAAUUCUAAAAAGUAUUUAGCAAUCCUUGUUGAUGAAUUCUGCAUGGAUACGCCAAGAUACGGAAUUAGCCCCUGGUUUGCUCACUACAUCCUAUGCUAUUGCAAACAUAAUCUGGACGACGCUCGCGAAAUAUUAAUCGCCAAUAAGUGGAAAUUGGAAAAUAUUGAAGAAUCUUAUGAAAAAAUUUCCGAAUUCCAAAGACAACUAGACUUGAAUCGUAACAACCAAAACAAUGACAAAAUUUAUGAAGCCAUUAAAAAAGAAAAAGAAAAGAUCAGGAAGAAUGUCUAUGAAAGAAAUGAACAGUUGCGAGACUUUAAGAACAUUCCAUACGGAUUCCAGCCAACCUUAGAACUUCACAACCUUAUGCAGGACCAGAUUGAGGAUUUCAUCGAAGAAUAUCUUGGACAGUACUUGGAAAAACUUGGAAAACUUGGACUUGGAAAAAAAUACAAAGGUUAG